GUUUGUUGGUUAUGUUCAGUUAUGUGCUAAGUGAAAUGCUGUGCUAAGUUUGCUAAAAGUAGCCAAAAGAAUAUAAUAUAAAGUCAUGGAUGUUGCCGACGUUAAUUUAGGCCAGAGACAACACAGAGAUGAAAUAGGAAUCCGGUGUCAAAAACUUUUCCAAGACUUCCUUGAAGAGUAUAAAGAAGAGGGAGAGCUGAAAUAUCUAGAGCCUGCUUUAGAACUUCAAAAUGAGGAGAGGAGUACAAUAGAAAUCAGUUUUGAAGACAUAGAAAAAUAUAAUCAAAACCUGGCCACCACAAUAAUUGAAGAAUAUUACAGAAUUUAUCCUUACCUGUGUCAGGCCGUAUCCAAUUUUGUUAAGGACAGGGCAGGACUCAAGAAGGAAAAAGAGUGCUACAUUAGCUUCACUGAUGUCCCAACGAGGCAUGUGGUUAGGGAACUCAAAACAGACAAAAUUGGGACUUUGGUUCGCAUAUCUGGUCAAGUAAUUCGGACUCACCCUGUGCACCCAGAGUUAGUGUCUGGAACGUUCACUUGCUUGGAUUGCCAGACUGUAAUCAAGAAUGUGGAGCAACAGUUUAAGUUUACUCAACCGACGAUAUGCAGGAAUCCGGUUUGCAAUAACAGGAUGCGGUUCAUGUUGAACGUGGACAAAUCUCUGUUCGUGGACUUCCAGAAGGUCAGGAUACAAGAGACUCAAGCCGAAUUGCCUCGAGGAUGCAUUCCCAGGAGCGUGGAGGUCAUUCUGCGUGCCGAAAAUGUCGAAACUGUGCAGGCGGGCGACCGUUAUGACUUUACGGGCACUUUGAUAGUGGUGCCGGAUGUGGGAGCCCUAGCCCUGCCGGGGGGCCGUACGCAGAUCCGCUCCAAGCACCAGCGCCCCGACGAGGCCGAAGGCGUGAGAGGACUGAAGGCGCUCGGCGUUCGCGAUUUGCACUAUCGAACGGCCUUUUUGGCGUGCGGCACGCAGCCGACCAAUCCGAGAUUCGGUGGCAUCGAGAUGCCUAUGGGCGAGAUGACGGCCGAGAUCAUGAAGCAACAGAUGACCGACGGCGAGUGGAAGCACAUGUACGAAAUGUCGCACGACAAGAACCUCUACCACAACAUGAUCAACAGCCUCUUCCCCAGCAUCCAUGGCAACGACGAAGUGAAAAAGGGCAUUUUGCUGAUGCUGUUCGGUGGCGUGUCCAAAACGACCAUCGAGGGCACUUCGCUCAGAGGUGACAUCAACUGUUGCGUGGUGGGGGAUCCCAGUACGGCGAAGAGCCAGUUCUUGAAGCAGGUGUCGGAAUUCUCUCCUAGAGCCGUGUACACGUCUGGAAAGGCGUCGACUGCCGCCGGUUUGACAGCCGCCGUGGUUAAAGACGAAGAGUCCUCGGAUUUCGUGAUCGAGGCGGGGGCGCUGAUGUUGGCCGAUAACGGUGUUUGUUGCAUUGACGAGUUCGACAAGAUGGACCCCAGGGACCAAGUGGCCAUUCACGAGGCGAUGGAACAGCAGACAAUCUCCAUUGCGAAAGCAGGCGUGCGAGCGACCUUGAACGCGAGAACGUCCAUCUUAGCGGCAGCCAAUCCGAUUGGUGGCCGCUACGACCGCGCCAAAUCCCUCCAACAGAACGUACAGCUGUCUGCCCCGAUCAUGUCCCGUUUCGAUCUCUUCUUCAUCCUCGUCGACGAGUGCAACGAGAUGGUCGACUACGCCAUAGCUAAGAAGAUCCUUGACUUGCACUGCAACGUCGAAGAAAGCGUCGAACGGGUGUACUCAAAACAAGAGGUGCUGCAGUACAUCAGCUUCGCAAAGAAGUUCAAGCCGAUCAUCAGCAAAGAAGCAGGAGAUUUGUUGGUGCAAUAUUACAACAGGCUGAGGUUACGUGACAGCACCAGCACCGGCAAAUCCACGUGGCGCAUCACGGUCCGACAACUCGAAAGUAUGGUACGCCUGUCCGAAGCGAUGGCACGCAUGGACAUCUCCGACGACGUGCAAACGAAGCACGUGCGCGAAGCCUACCGGCUGCUCAACAAGUCUAUCAUCAGGGUGGAGCAGCCCGACAUCCAGCUGGGGGCCGAUCAGGAGGAGGAGGGGAUGCCAGAGGAUGUGGAUGAAGGGGUGAUGGAGGAGAGGCCUACCGAAGCAGCGCCGGGGGCGGCGAAGAAGAAGAUGCUGCUGAGCUUCGAGGAGUACAAGACCAUCAGCAAUAUGAUUGUGGUGCAUAUGAGGAGGGAGGAGACCAGAUUGGAAGCAGAAGAGAAGGAGGGAAUCCAUAGAAGUGAUGUGGUUGAAUGGUACCUGAACCACGUGGCAGAUCAAAUAGAGACUGAAGAGGAACUGAUAGAGAAGAAGGAUAUGUUCGAGAAAGUGCUGGACCGCCUCAUAUACCACGAUCAAAUUAUUAUUCCCUUGACAAGAGUGGGAUUAAAAGGUUCAGACCAAGAAACCGAAGAGGAUCCAAUGCUCGUUGUCCACCCGAAUUACAUUAUUGAUUAGUAACAAUUACUGUAGUCAUAGAAUGUGUGAAUCUUGUAAUCGUUUAUUGUUUUUCAAUCUUACAUACCUCUCUUUUUAUACAUUAAAUUACUUCAAGUAUU